AGUGCUAACACGUGGUUCUUGGCAAACCACGCAUGCAGAUCACUGCACACGCAUUGCUUCGUAAUGGCGGCUGAUGGUGGUAGUUCUUCGUCCGGGCAACCCUGCGUAUUCUCUCCAAAAUUACACCAGUAUCUGGCUUUAUGUGCCCAGGAUGGGAGACUUCGUAUUUGGAACACAGAUAGCAAAACACUUCACCAGGAGUACGUGCCUUCAGCCCACUUGAGUGCCACUUGUACGUGUAUAAGUUGGGGACCAUGCCGAACGGUGAAGGAAGGCCCUCAGAGGAAAAAAAGGAAAUCGGAGGCUGGACAUGCAGGGGAGCAGGUGGACAUGUUGGCGCUGGGCACGGCAGUGGGCAGCAUUAUCAUCUACAGUACAGUAAAAGGGGCACUGCACUGCACACUGGACGGAGGUCACAGUGGUGGGGUGAACUCUGUGCAGUGGCAUCCCAAGGACAGUCUUCUGUAUAGCGGCUCAGACGACACACACAUAGUUGAGUGGGACCUGCAGACGGGCAAGACGCGCUGUAAAUGGAAGGCAGACCGUUCCUCUGUAACCAGCAUGUGUGUGAGUCCUGAUGGCAAGCUGCUGCUCUCAGCAGGGCAGACCAUCAAGAUGUGGGACCUGGAGACUAAGGAAGUGUACCGGAAGUUCACAGGUCACGCCACGGCCGUAACGACCCUGCGCUUUGCGACUACCCGACCCCCGGAGACCAAUGGCCUCUACUUCCUGUCCGGGGCGUCCCACGACAGACUUCUCAGUGUUUGGCAAGUCAGAGAGGAUGGCAAGGACAAGAACUCAGUGGUGUCCUUCACCCUGACGGACGAGCCCCAGCACAUUGACCUCAUCACCUCCUGCGGCAAGGAAGAGGCACUGAGGCUCGCAGUGGUGUGCAAGGAUGGCCAGCUUCACCUCUUUGAGCACUUUCUGAACGGGCCGUGUAAGAAGCCCUUGUCCCCCACCUGUACCGUGCAGAUGUCUGGGGUGGAGGACACCCCCCUACCCAUUCCCUUGUUGGCCACGGCCCUCACCAAGGACACGAGCAGCCUACUGCUGGCUUAUGGCAGCCGUCUGCAACCUGUCAUGGAGAGAGUGGAGGUAAACACUGCAGAGAGGCAUGUCUGCCUGUCUCGAGAUGUCCACAGCACCCUCUCCCUCACCAUGGAAACCACACUCUCCAAGGUGAAAACUCCUAUAGUCAACUCCAAGAGCAAAGUUCUGCUGCCUGGCCUUCCUGGUCACCAAGCUCCAGUCAAAGCACCCUUGGGGUCGGAGAAGAGGAAAAAAGGCACAGACACCAAAGAGAUGUCCAUCGAAGAGCGACUGGGAGAGAUUGGGCUGUCAGAGGGGGGCGCCAAGGGUGCCCCCUCUCUGCAGACGGACAACUUUGCGGUGCUGCUGGUGCAGGGUCUGGAGAGCAAGGAUGCCAACAUUCUCAAUAAAGUGUUUCAGACACGGAAGGACGUGUUGAUAAAGAAAACAGUUUCCCGGUUACCCCUUCCUGCCAUCUUACCGUUGGUGGAGGAGAUCACCAAGAGAAUGCAAGGCCAUCCAUACACGGCGGUCCUGAUGGUGCGAUGGCUUAAGGCUGUUCUCAUUCAGCACACGUCGUACCUAUCUUCGUUGCCAGAUUUGGUUUCCCAACUGGGAGUGCUUUACCACAUGAUUGAGAGUCGAGUGAAGAUGUUCCACAAGCUGAGCAAGCUGCAUGGCAAACUAUAUCUGUUCAUGACCCAGGUGGCGACAAGCGACCCUGACAAAAAGGUCACAGAUGUGGACCACACAGCCAAACUUGUCUACGAGGAAGAAUCCUCUGAUGAAGAUGAAGCAUCAGGUGAUGAAGGUCUCCCAGAUGAGGAUUCUGACAACUGGGAGGAGGAGGAAGGCAUGGCGGAUGAGAAAAUGGAAUGCCAGGAUAAAGAGGCAGACGAAGGCUUGAGGACAGAAUUAAAAGAGAACGGUGAUUCUGACAUGGACCCGGGCAACGAGAGCGAGGAGGAGUAAUAAGCGAAGGAAUCCAAUCAAAACGAAUAUAAACCACACAAAAUGGACCUGAAAGAUUUAUAUAUACUUUCAUUUUAUUUUCAUGCUUUGAUUUUAUUGUUUCAGAACAAGAAAUGGUUUUACAAAAAAUCCAAAAUGGACUGUCAGUGGUGGCGGUGAGCUUUGGCCACUGUUGCUUCGUAUUGCGAAUUGUCAUGUUAUUUCUCUGUCCCACGACCAAUGCUGACCGCUGUUCCAGAGACUCAAACUCCCCUCUCCUCCCAAGCUUUGCUCUUCUGCUUCUUCACUUUGGCUCCAUGGUCCUGGGUGUCCAAUGUGACCACCCUCUUCCACACUGCUUGUUCCAGAGAAAAUGUGAAGAGAAUAGUGAUCUGUGUAGGGAAUGUGGUUCCAUUUGGGAUGUGACCAUUUCUAAAUAAUCUCAUCCACUCACAGUGUAAAUCUCUAUGUGCAGUGUUUGUAUACCCCCCCCCCCCCCCCCCCCCCCCAAGUCCUUGGGAUUAAAGGAAAUUCUUCAGUAAUGUCUCUAACUGAACCUUUUUCUUUUCCACCCUAACCCUCAUCUGUUUUGAUGUUUUGUCCUUUUGUAAAUGUUUUUCCACGCCAAUGGCAGUCAUAUUGUCCACUGCCUCUGAUUAUAGUCAGAGGUGAAACCAAAAAAAAAGGGUGAACUUUGCUCUAUCAGUUGAAUAAAUGGGUAUUUUGGAAUCAGUCAGAUAAUUUGUUCAUUAAAAUUUGGCCUACAUAACGAAAUGCUCUUUGUCCUUCUACACCGCUGUGUUUUAGUUUACAUUUCCUUGACAGGAAAAUCCAACAGAUUCGUGAUGUACCUUACCAAUUUGUGGGUAGCAGAAGUGGCAUUGGUACUAAUUGCUGCUCUUGAGACAUUCACUUGCAGGUUGUAAGAAAUGCUACAUGAAACCGUGGCAACACGAAGGGAUAAUAAGCAAUAAAAGAAAUCUAACAUGUA